AUGGUCUACACCUGCUACACUGCUGCCCCGGUGAUCAAGAGGGGCAGUAAGCAGGCAGACUGUGAGAUCAUGCAGCUGCAACGGGCCUGCAGGAGGCUGGGGCUGCCGCAGGUCAGUCAGGAGUGGCUGAAACAGGCGCUGGUGGCUGGGGGCGGCCGCCUUCUGGGCCGCGGUGCAUACGGCGAAGUUCGUCUGGCAAAGGAUCCUGAGGGUCGCCUUAUGGUUGUUAAGACUUUUUACGGAUCCGCGUCUGAAUUGUUGGCAGAGGCAGACGCGUUGUGGGCGGCUCGCAGCGUGCCUGGCGUCCAAAGCCUCGUUGGUGUGUCUCCAGAAUCCCUGCAGAUCGUGAGCCUCUACGCGGGGCGGACCACUUUGUGUCGCGCCCUGAAGGAAGGAUCUCUGAAAUCCAAAGAAAUCUUGUGGAUCCUCAAGCAAGUUUUUACAUCGAUAGAGGGUUUGCACAAGGAAGGUCUCUGUCAUAACGAUAUAAAGAGCGACAAUGUUUGUCUGGCGCGUCGAGACGGAAGCGACCUGCAGGCCACUGUUAUCGACCUUGGCCUGGCCCGCCGCCCCGGCACGGUGCCCUAUGAUUUUAAGCUCCGCAGACCAGACAGAUUAUAUUGGUUAUCACCAGAGCUGAAGAAAAGGGGCCGGUGCUGCAGCGCCACGGAUGUGUAUAGCUUGGCAUCUCUGGUGCUACUGGCAUCGGAUAGCAUGGAUGCCCCUCCUAAGCAGCUACUGUGGUGGGCACAGAGGGCACAAACCCUGGAGCCAAGCGUUCGCCCGUCCCUGAGCGAAGGCAUCGCCUUGCUGAGUUCCCUUAUUAACCCAAGUCCACAGUACACACGCAGGGGAGGCUUACAGAGAGGCAAGGCGGGUACUUCCAUUGAGGACUGUCUUCUUAGAGGAUUCCAACAGAGGUCUUUAGAUCUUGAAAAUAAGUCCCAAGCCACCCAGCAGAUCUCAUCUUGCCUGUCUGCCCUCACUCACCCCUCCAGUCUCCGCGCCAGGCCCCGCCAACUCCCACACUCAUUCUGA